AAACAAACGGUCUGGAUUCUCCAUUUUGACACGGUCUGAAUUUUGUCUACUCCGGUAACAGAAGAACAAAAAUAACAUGCCCAAAAGUUGUUGCGUGGUGAGCUGCACCUCAAAUGUUUUUAAAACACCCGGUUUAAAAUUUAUACCUUUACCAUGCCGAAUAAAACAAGCGGAAAGAAGAAUGUUAUGGCUUCAGGAGAUAAAGAGGGAAGCACCAGAUGGAGGGUUGUGGGACCCAAAGACCCCUCACACAUAUGUAUGUGGGAAGCAUUUCAUAACAGGAAGCCAUGUUAAAGAACCCCUGCACCCGGAUUUUGUGCCCACAAUAUUUCCUUACCGUACUGUGGCAGGCCCAAACCAGAAAUUGAAUAGGUAUAAACACGCCAGGAAACGUGAGCAGACGUCACCCCUUCUCAAACGCAAGGUGGCAAAAACGACUGCUGUGAGCCCAGAUCUACCUACAAUUCUCGAUGAAGACCAUUGCCCAGCUGACAACGAUGAUGCUGACGAUGUGCCUGAUGAAAUGCGUGAGUCAAGGAACUGCCUGUCAUCUUAUUCUUUGGAGGAAAAUGAUGGAAAGUGCCGACAGAUGACUGGACUCAGCUGGACGAUGUUUUUGAGCCUAUUUACAUUUCUUAACCAGUUUGUGAAGAGGCGAGGCUGCAUCUCCCUUCCACCGCGGGACCAGCUGUUUAUUACACUGAUAAAACUACGUCAAAACCCAUCCUUUUUUUUCUUAAGUCACGUUCUGAAAAUGCCUCAAACAACUGUCAGGCAAAUUUUUAUCCGAUGGCUUGACCUGAUGUAUGGGAACAUUUCCUUUUUAGUUCACUGGCCUGAUAGGGAAUAUUUUUCACUGAUACCUCCAAAAAUGAAGGCCCAGUUCCCACGACUCACAGCAAUCAUAGAUUGUUUUGAAAUCAGGACAGAGUACCCCAGCAACCUUAAAGCUAGAGCAAAAUCAUACUCUAACUACAAGAAAUGGACAACAGUGAAAUAUCUAAUAGCAUGCAGUCCAUCUGGCAGCAUUACAUUUUUGUCAAAUGGAUGGGGAGGAAGGGCCUCUGAUGUGCAUAUUUUCCGACAGUCAGGAUUCCUGUCCUCAGUGUACCAUUCUCCAGGUGAUCAGAUAUUAGCAGACAGGGGGUUUACCCUCCAGGAUGACUUUGCCCUCCUCGGUGUCGAGCUGCUAACAUUCAUUCACAAAAGGAAGGAAGCAGUUACCUGGGGGAGAGGUGGAAAUGUCUCGUAGGAAGUCAAACAUCCGGAUUCAUAUUGAGCGGGUGAUUGGUGUGCUGAAAGGUCGCUUUCACAUCCUUGACGGUCCACUCCCUCGCUGUCUGGUUCAGUCUGCACAGGACAAAAACUAUGGGCAAGCAACAGUUGACAAACUUGUAAAUGUUUGUGCAGCACUUGUAAACAUGGCACAAAGUAUUAUUAAAUAAAUACUAAAGUA